AUGGAAAAGAGCUACGGGCAAGUUUCCCUCCACACUGACCUCUCAUAUGAUGAGGUUGGCAUCCAUCCAGCCACGUGUCUGCCGUCACUCCUAAUUCUUAUUCGCUUUUUUCACUAUUUCCUUCCUUUCUUCAUCACUUCCUUCCUUCCUUCCUUCCUUCCUUCCUUCCUUCCUUCCUUCAUUCAUUCAUUCCUGUCAGUUCUCAUUCGCUUUUUCAAAUCACAUCCUUUUUGUUUUCUUUCUUCCGUCAAAGCAAUUCUUAUUCAACUUUUUGAUAUGCAUUUUCCUUCUUUCUUUCAUUUUUCAUUCUUAAUAUUAUUUAUUUCCCCCACCGAUUCUUAUUCGCUUUUUCAUUCUUCCUUCCUAAUUUCUUUCAUUCCUCCACCUAUUCUCAUUCGCUUUUUCCUUCUCUUCAUUUACUUAAUUCAUUCCUUUCUUUCUUCCUUUCUCAUUUCUUUAAUUCUCUCGCGUUUUUCUCGUUUUACUUUUUGUUGUUUCUUCCUUCUUCCGCUUCUUUCUUUUUUAUUUCUUCUUUUCUUCCUUUCUUGCGUUUCUUUCUUUGGUUCUUUCUUUCUUUCUUUCGAUUCUUUCUUUCUUUCGAUUCUUUCUUUAUUACGUUUCUAUCUUUCUUUCUUUUGCUUCUUCCUUUCUAUAUUUAUUUCAUGCUUCCCUUUCUAUCUAUCUAUCUUUCUUUGUUUAUUCUCUUUCUUUCUUUCGUUUCUAUCUUUCUUUCUUUUUUCUUUCUUUCUUUAUUUCUUUCUUACUUUCUUUUUUCUUUCUUUCGUUUCUUUCUUUCAUCCGUUUCUUUCUUUCUUUCUUCUUUCCAAUUCUUUCUUUCUAUCUUUCUUUCGUUUCUUUCUUUCUUUCUUUCUUUCUUUCUUUCUUUCUUUUAUCGAUCUUAAGGCAAGGGAGAAUCGAGGGUCGGGGAUGAUUACUGGACAACCGCUUUUUUUUUUCUUGUUAUUCACCACGUGGUUCCAGCAAAUUCCCUCCCCUCUCCCUAAUGUUUUCUUUCUUUCUUUCUUUCUUUCUUUCUUUCUUUCUUUCUUCCUUUCUUUCUUUCUUCCAUCAUUGAUUUCCCCUUUGGAAAAGCAUAAAUUCUUUCACAGAAUGGAAUUCCAUUCGGAAAUCUACAUUUGGUGA